CGUGCCUUGACUGCCUCCGUUCAAUGAUCACGGUGAAAUUAACCCGAAACGCCUUGCGUACUGUAGCCUGGCGCAUACCCGCUUGUGGUAAAGCUCGUUUUGCACCGUCGUCGUCUUCGUUACUAUAUAUUCAAAGACACCAUCCGAACAUACGUUAUCGACAAAUUGCUUCAACAUCAAAGAUGGCUUCUUCAUCUUCCUCUUCUACUAAGAAGGAAGAAAUGGAGGAGGGUCUACGCAAGAUGGAUAUUAAUGCAGCGGAGAAGCACAUGAAGGAUUGGUUCGGUGACCAUGCAUCAUGGAGUCACGAACAGCUUCUCAAUCUCAUCUACGAGGAGGACCUUAUAACAUUGCGACAUGUGCAGUCAUUUGGCGAUUACGUUUCUGGUGGUCUUCGACCCAGCGGUGGCCGUCCUUCUUUUCCACUCAUGACGCAUGAAGAGUGGGGCCUUCUGAAUGCUUCAUACAGCCAGUGGGCUCCAGCACCCUACAACAACCGGCACUACAGUUGUAUGGAUCGGAUUGCCCCAUUAAUCAUGAGACAAGAGAUCAAGGAACUCAAAGCCCCACCACAUAUCGGCUUUCUUGCCCGUCUACGUCCUCUGAAAGCAAAGCUCUUGCUUGGUAUGGUGCCAAUCAGUGGAGACCGCUGGCUAGAGCGUAAGAUGGAUGACCCUGCGAACUAUAGGAACCUUUUCGAAUUGAUCAAGGACGUCAAUUACAUAUUCGAAUGGUUCAAUCAUGAUGAGGUUCAAAACCGGACAAGGAGCGCUUUCAAUUGGAUGGUUGACAAAUAUGUCGAAUUCGAGCAGGCAGCUAACCUUCGGCGCGAAAAGAACGGCAUUGGAGAGAAACUUAACCUGGCCGGUAUGUGGGCAGAAUACUGGAACGACUUGACAACCAACAUGUCAGAACGGACGCAUCGAUGGAUUGUAGAUCGCGUGGAUGAGGUUCAAGCACGCGCUUUUGCGCAAUACCAGGAAGCUCUCAAGGAUGCUGGAACCGACGAAGCAGCUGUUGGUGAAGCAGGCAAGAAGUAUUACGAGUGUGUACAAGAUCUUAGAGGCAUGCUCACCAGGCUGGACUACACCAUUGGCAUUCCCAUGACUGGCUUCAAGGGAUACGUAACCUCCAACGCCUUCAAGGAUCUUCCAGUAACACAGAGACAUGAUACCUGGAGAAAGAUGAUGGCGGCAAAGUCUUUCAAACAUCAGAUAGCUAUCCUUGAAGCGCAAGACAAAGCCGAUGCUGAGCAAGCUUCCAAACAACCGACAAUGGAGGAAUUGCUCAAUCCAAUUCAGCAACUCACGAAGCCAGCACAUCCACGAUUUCGCGACACCGAAAAUCUCAUUGGCCACUACGAAGAAGGCAAGAAAAAUCGCGACGAGAUUCGAUUAGUCCUCUGUGGUCCACCGAAACAGCCCACUCAGGAACAUUGGAUAACAAUCCUACGUGAGCGCAUGGACUUUUACGCAAAGAAUCCGCGAGAUGUAACUCGAAACCCGGAUGCGUGGGGUUUUGUUUGCUACCGCCUAACUUACGAUCAAACCGAUGAGCAAUGGGCGACCUUUGAGAAAAAGUUCCUUCAAGACGUCUCACGAUCCGGAAACUGGAUCGAAGGAUUUGACAACAUCAACAGGAAGGAUAAAAUCAUGGUCAUCGAUGGGCGAGAAUUUGGAAUCGCGGAAGGUGAUGUGGCGGCUGCCAAACGACACUUCAAGAAGACCUUCACCAUGCUGCCGACGCUCGGGCGUAUGUGGACUCAAGACUUCCUUAUCAUCGAUGAGCAAGCAUAUGCCUCAUAUGCUGAGUCGCCCAAGGAGGAAGUUCGGCCUCCGCCUCCUUACGGUCCUGGAUUUGGUUGCAAUGGCGGGCAUGUGCGUCUUGUAGAUGGGACGUUUGAUCAGCUCUCGCGGGAACUGAUCGAUACCUUAGCGCCUGGUUUUAAGGGCGAGAUGAAGGUGUUGUCGAGUCUACUUCUGGAAGAGUUGUACCCACUUCUAGCGACGUUGAGCGUUCGACCUUACGGCUUGUGGCCAUGCGCUCGAUUGCAUCCAAGAGAGGUGUACGUAGGGACAACGGAUGCUGCCCAAGAGGGAUGGUGGGAGUUUGGCCGCAUCGAUCAGGCUAUGAUGCAGGGAUUUUUCGAAAGCAUGAGGUCUAAGAAAGCUGACCUCCUCGCUAGGAAGACUUGAAUAACUAUGUACAAUGAAGAGUAAUUACAUUGACCUGUUUGAUAACGCCACUUGGAGAUGGAGUUCAUCCACUGAACCCCGCGGCAGCGCAGAUCCCAACACCAUAGGUCGCUCCAUCACCAGCAGCAGAUAUAAGUGAUGGUCUACCCUUGCGACAGCUCUUCGUGAUGCAUGAUACUGCAUCCAUUUUGUUUGGGAUGACAUACUGAGUACAAGCAAAAUUAGAGAAUUUCCAAAACAGACAUCCUGCGUUGCUGCCGAAGCAGCGAUAGCAGCAGUCCUUGGGAUUGUUGGAAUCCGACAAUACGCCCCAGACGGAACCAGGAUAGUCGGGUCGGGUGGAAGUGUAAAGGACAGGAUCGGCGCAGGGAUCAGCCUCAACAGUCUGAGUAGCGGUUGCUGUUGAAGUAGUCGCUG